AUGACCUGUCACUACUGUCAUCAUGAGUUCUGCUUCGUUUGUCUUCAGCUUUGGACUAGCGAGGGCUUCCAUCAGGACGCCGGUUGCCCUUCGUACGGAGACCCAGAGGAAGGGUACGACAACGAGGGUUACGAGCUGGGUGGUCGAGGCCUACACCGAGACACUGGUUAUAACCGCAUGGGGCUCAACCGAUUUGGUCAGGGACAACUGAGCCACGCGGUUGUGGAAGAAAGUGCAGCUAGUGAACACGAUCAGUAUUCGAACAACGAGGACCUGGAUUACGAUGAGUACGAAGUAGACUAUGGCGAUGCAGAACAAUGGGUAAACGACGAACAAUUUGGAGAUAACGAGCGAGCAGACGGAAUUGCGCCUGAGGACGAGGUUGAGUGGGGAGAACCAGCACAGGGUGGUAGGCCAUGGGACGAAGAAUUGGAUGCAGAACAAGACGAACAAGUUAUCAUUUUCGACAACUCCUGGCGAUUGGAGCCUGUUCCUCUCACAGAUGAAGCAAACCCAGUCGAAGCUACAAUCGCGACUUCGUGGGAUCUGGCACCAGCAUCUCAGCGACACUCACAGACAUCACCACCACCCGAUUCUGUCCGUCAACAAAUUCGUCUCGCCCGACGCGUCCCGAUUCUUGCUCCGAAUCCGCAUCCCGAGAACAGCGUCUUCAGCGGAGGUACUCCAAGUUUUCAGCAGCUGGAAUGUCGUCAUUCGUGGCACCGGCACUUGCGAUUAUCACAGACAGAAUAUGGAUAUGCGCACUGCCUGGGUUGUAACUAUAUCGCGGGCAGCUGGACGAAUUACUGCUCCACUUGCGGCGUGGUCGCCUGCGAUUGGUGCACGUACGAGUUUCGGGAGCGUUUUGUGAGUACAUGGGAGCGUGAGACGGGGUUGCUUGAUGUAUUGAUUUGGGCUGAGCAGGGUGUGGUACCGUUCAAGACUUGGCGUCGUCAUGUAUCGGAACAACUGGAGGAUGAGCUGUGGGCCGAUUAUGAUGAGGACAUAUUGGGCCUGGCUACAAUGUUGGAGGUUUACGAGACUCAACUAUUUGAGCUGCAGCCGUACCUGUACUGGGACUUUGGAAUCCGGCUUAUGUUCGAAGAGCUGGAGCUGCAGAUGCAGAAGGACUACUGCGCUGUUACUGAGGAGGAUGUGGGAAUACCAGGGCUUACGCUGACGUUUGACCUUGCAACGAACCUUUUUGCACCCUUACACUGGGACAGCUAG